AAAAUGAAUAGUUAAUCGUGGAGGAGGAGAAAACAUAGCUCAAUACUUUGACUAGAGGCAGCUGGGAAAGUGACGUCCUGUAGCAUUUGCUGUUCUAGAAAGUACAGAGACACGUAGUGAAAAUGGGAGGAUCUAGAAGGAGGCUGUCUCCUGUGUAGUGUAUAUUUAUCUGUAAGUGAGCCGUUGGGGAAGGAUUGAAUACAGAGACGCUGUCUGCUUGCUGCCUUAAGACAGCUAGCUGAAUUGCUGAUUAACUUUUAAAAUACCCAGCUUGGUUUAUUUUCUUAGAAUCUGUCUAUUGCUAAGACUGGGGACACUGUUUUCUUUUACAAAGGGAAAUCUAAGUUAAUUUCAAGGCAUUCGAAAUGGGGAAAGACUAUUAUUGCAUUUUGGGAAUUGAGAAAGGAGCUUCAGAUGAAGAUAUUAAAAAGGCUUACCGAAAACAAGCCCUCAAAUUUCAUCCGGACAAGAACAAAUCUCCUCAGGCAGAGGAAAAAUUUAAAGAGGUCGCAGAAGCUUAUGAAGUAUUGAGUGAUCCUAAAAAGAGAGAAAUAUAUGAUCAGUUUGGGGAGGAAGGGUUGAAAGGAGGAGCAGGAGGUACUGAUGGACAAGGAGGUACCUUCCGGUACACCUUUCAUGGCGAUCCUCAUGCUACAUUUGCUGCAUUUUUCGGAGGGUCCAACCCCUUUGAAAUUUUCUUUGGAAGACGAAUGGGUGGUGGUAGAGAUUCUGAAGAAAUGGAAAUAGAUGGUGAUCCUUUUAGUGCCUUUGGUUUCAGCAUGAAUGGAUAUCCAAGAGACAGGAAUUCUGUGGGGCCAUCCCGCCUCAAACAAGAUCCUCCAGUUAUUCAUGAACUUAGAGUAUCACUUGAAGAGAUAUAUAGUGGUUGUACCAAACGAAUGAAGAUUUCUCGAAAAAGGCUAAACGCUGAUGGAAGGAGUUACAGAUCCGAGGACAAAAUUCUUACCAUUGAAAUUAAAAAAGGGUGGAAAGAAGGCACCAAAAUUACUUUUCCAAGAGAAGGAGAUGAAACACCAAAUAGUAUUCCAGCAGACAUUGUUUUUAUCAUUAAAGACAAAGAUCAUCCAAAAUUUAAAAGGGAUGGAUCAAAUAUAAUUUAUACUGCUAAAAUUAGUUUACGAGAGGCAUUGUGUGGCUGCUCAAUUAAUGUACCAACACUGGAUGGAAGAAACAUACCUAUGUCAGUAAAUGAUAUUGUGAAACCCGGAAUGAGAAGAAGAAUUAUUGGAUAUGGGCUGCCAUUUCCAAAAAAUCCUGACCAACGUGGUGACCUUCUAAUAGAAUUUGAGGUGUCCUUCCCAGAUACUAUAUCAUCUUCAUCCAAAGAAGUACUUAGGAAACAUCUUCCUGCCUCAUAGAAUGAAGAACUUUGUUACCCAUAUUUUGAUAAGGCACUGAAAAUAUAAAAGGACUGGCAGUUUACUGAUGUAGAUGUGAAUUCUGUAUAAAGAUGUGUAAAUUCUUUUGAGGGUUCUUUAAAUUGCAUGAAUAGAGACGGGUCAAAUAAAUAUAGGCAAAAGGGAUUUUUACAGUUAGAGAUAAAGAGAAAACCAUUAACUAUAUUUUAUUUCAUUUCUCCCGAUUCAGAUAUUUUUAGUAAUUUGCUUAUAUGUAAAAGUUGUUUUUGUGGAGUCAGUAGGUAUAUUUCUAAUAAAGUGCUAGACUAUCCAAUUACUUAAUUUCUUAUACCUUUAGAUAAUCAGUAUGAAAAGUUCCCUUUUAUAAUGGAAAUGAAAAUUCUUAACUAAACUAUACAUUUAAUAUGUAUGUCUAGAAAAGAAUAAAAACCCAAGUCAGUUAUUAGAUUUAAAUCACCUUCUGAAAUGCUGCUAUAGGGCUGGUAUCAGUAAAAGAAUAUCCUGAUGCAUAUGUUUCACCAUUUUGAUUUUUAAAGUAUGCUGUAGCAUUUCUUAAUAACAUCGUUGUGAUGUUCUUAAGGCAGACCUUUCUUCAUAACAAGGAAAUUAAUGGUAAUUUCUCUCCUGUGGAAAUCCCAAUUGCCUGAAUUACUGAUAUUUUAGAAAUAGACUUUUUAAAAUGCCAUAUGUAAUUUUAUGCAAGUUGACUAUAUAUCUUGUUCUUAAUAAAUUAUAGGCUCAUUUUGUUCUCUGCUAGUUUAAAGUAAUUUGUUUAAUAAUAGAUGUGUUUUUAGAGGAAAUGCUGUUACUUGGAAUUUUCCAGUUAUACAGUCUUCUAUAACUUACUAAUAAUAUGCUAUAUGUACUUUAUGUAAUUUCCCUAAAAAGAAUGAACUACCACUACACUAUGGUGUUAAACCAAAAUAUGGGGAAAAUAAACACUAACUGCUGCUUAUGGAUAAUGUUGCAACUACUUGUUAUGCAUAUAAAUAUUUUACUUUUUCAUAUGUAUAGAUUGCAUUUCUUAGGUGUUUUAAUUUUUUAAAUAUAUUUACGUUUAAAAAAUUUAGUUUUGUUUUCUGUUUUAUAACUAUAGUGAGAAUGAUGUUUUGAAACAAAGUUUUUGGUUAUAAAAUAGUUUUCAGGAAUAUAUAUAUAUAUACACACACACAUAUAUAUAUAUGUAGGGUCCUAUCACCUUUUAGUAGAAUAUGAAAUAUUCUUUUAGAAAUCCAAUAUAAAUAGGUUAUAAUAGCCGUAUUCUUUAUUACUUUAUUGAGAAUAAUUUAUAUGCCAUAAAAUUUACCCUUAAAAUAUACAAUUCAGUGGUUUUAGUAAUAUUCACAAAGUGGUACAAUCAUCGUCACUUUCUAAUUCCAGAAUAUUUUCAUCACCCCAAAAAGAAGUCCUAAAUCCAUUAGCAGUUACUUCCCAUUCUUCCCUUCCUCCAGCCCCUGAAAACACUACCAUCUACUUUUUGUCUGUAUGGAUUUGUCCAUUCUGGACAUUUCAUAUAAAUAGACUCAAACAAUAUAUGGCUUUUUUUUUUUUUUUUGGUCUGGCCUCUUUCAUUUAGCUUAAUGUUUUCAAGGUUCAUCUAUGUUGUAUCAUGUAUCAGUACUUUAUUUUUUUGUGGCACAUUAUAUGGAUAUACCACAUUUUGUUUAUCUUUUCAUUAAUUAUGGGGAUUUGGCUUAUUUCUACUUUUUCCACUAUUAUAAAUAAUGCUGCUAUGAA